GGUGACAAGGCAGCUUACUGUAUCCUUUCCCUCCUUACUGAAAUAAGCACAGCCUCAUGGACCAGCUAGGGAGAUUCACUCAAUUGGAUGCUAAAGGAAAAUUGGAACAGAUACGACUGUACUUAAAGAAAAUGCUGCCACGCUUGGAAGACAGAAGGAAGUAUCGUCAGGAGUUUGCCUCAUCCACAUCAUUCCAUGGAGUGUAUAACAUUGUUCAAACACAGACCAGGACACGCAGAGUGCUGUGGCUGCUAGUAGUUACAGGCUGUCUUGGCAUCGUCAUUUGGCAAAUCUGCAGUCGCUUUAACUACUACUUCAGCUGGCCAACCACCACUACAGUGGUAGUUCAGCAUGUGGAAAAUGUCAAAUUCCCUGCUGUGACUUUUUGCAACCUGAACAGGUUUCAAGCUCAUGCAGUGAGUAACCUUCAAAUCAUUUUUUUCCUUUGGAACAUUGUGUCUGGAAUUGUCCAAAAAUUUGCUAUGGAAGACAAAUAUUUCCACGAGCUAAAUGGCUUCCUUCUUGGAAACCAAAACUUCAGCAUUAAAGAGUUUACAAGGGAAAAUGGAUUUUAUCUGAAUGGCAGCACACUGCUAGAAUGUGAAUUUUUUGGAAAGACAUGUCACCCAGAGGACUUUGAACACAUUUUCACUGAAUAUGGAAACUGCUUUACUUUUAAUUACAAUGACCUUCCAGCAAGAAGAGUGAGCUUGUCUGGAAGAGGCUUACAUUUACUUUUUGAUGUCCAACAGGAGCAAUUCACUGAUGAUCCUGCCCUUGGUUAUACUGAUGCUGGUAUCACUUUUGUUAUCCAUUCACCCAAAGAGAUUCCACGCUUUGAUGGGUUAGGCUUAUUAACACCAGUUGGCAUGCAUGCGCAGGUCUCAAUUCAGCAACUGAAGUCAAUUAUUCAAGAAUAUCCAUGGGGAGAGUGCAAGCCUGAUAUCAAACUUCAGUACCAGGAUACUUACAGUACUAAUGGCUGUUUGAAGGAAUGCAAGGCCUGGUAUAUACAGGAUUGGUGCGGCUGUUUGCCUUUUAUUCUUCCAGGAAAUGGAAUAGAAUGUGAUUUAAUGAAGUAUUACAAUUGUGUUUAUCCUGCAAUCCAUGAUAUAGAGGUAAAAGGAUUAUGUACAGUAGGAACCCACAACUCCACUUGCCCUGCCCCAUGUGAAGAAACACAUUACCCUACCACUGUCACCUAUUCAAGUUUUGGAGGAGAAAAUGCCAUUAAAUACAUUUCUGCAAAGCUGAAGAAGAGUCCAGAGUACAUCAGGCAGAACCUUGUGAUUAUUGACAUUAAAUAUGACGAUCUGAACUACAGAAUAACUCAGCAGCAGAAGGCCUUGACCAUAUCUGAGUUGCUUGCUGAUGUAGGUGGUCAGCUUGGAUUGUUUUGUGGUGCCAGUAUGAUUACAAUCAUAGAAGUGCUCGAGUAUAUUUUUACCAAUUUCUUCUGGAUGUGCCUCUUUCUUCUAUUGAAAGCUCCUGAAAUACCUCGGUGGAAUAAUCCAUCCCACGACCAACCAACACAUGUGGAGAAAAACAAGGGAAUACAAGAAUGUUAGUGGCUGGGGAAGGCACAAAACCAGUUGUUUCUCCAAAUUUCCUUCAUCUCUAAGAUAUAAAGGAGACAGUAAUAUCUUCCAUGGCUCCCUUCCCUUGUACUCCUUAUUCUUCCUGUUUUAUUUAGUGCCUACAGCUAUUUAACUGUGCUAGAUAAUUUUAAUGAAACAACUUCGGAAAGCCUCACCUUCCUCAUAUAAAGAAGAAUCUAAUAUUUACCUAGGAUUUUAUUUUAAAUAGGCAUUUUAUGAAAAAAAAAAAAUCACAGAAAAACACUACAGACAUUCAAUGCAACUUUGCACUUCUGACUUAUGUAUUCUGGGUAAAGAGACAUAGCACUCGUGCCAAAGUACCAUACCAGAAGGUUCCCUAACCAUCAUAAAGAUGUAGUAUUGCUAUGCUGAAAAAGCAGAUUGCUCAUCACUGACAAAGGCUUUGUUUUAAGGCUUACUUCUUCCAGCAAAGGACAGUGUAGCUUUGCCUAUCAGAAUCAGGAAGGUGCCUAAUAACAAUAACUUCUAAGGUACAAUGUCUGGCAACAACAACAACUGGCAACAAUGUUGCCAGUAAUGCAACAUAAAAAAAAAAUAAAAGUCUCAUGAGUGCCUACUACUACUAGAAAUACAAAACUGAGAAACUUAGAGCAUCUAGGUAGACAGCAAGAGGAUAAACGUAGGCCAAGUUCACGCUGGUGGACUCCAGUGACAGCAAACAGAGACUUGCUUUCCUUCUAUUUUUUCUAAUAAGCUUUCACAAAUGUAAAAUAUAUAGCAGAAUUAUAAUUUAAUCACAGAAAAGAUUCAUUUGUUAAGGCAGUGGAGCUACUGACCUCACAUUUUAUAGGCUCUAUUGACUGAGUUUAUCAUUGCUGGAGGCAAUAAAACUUAAAGAUGGCUCAGUAGGACUGAGCAGCAUAAUUUCAAUGUUAAAUGGAUAAAAAAAAUGAAAGGCUUAAUUUAAAUCCUACUAAAAAAAAAAAAAAGCAAGAGUAAGAAUUUUGUGGCUUUAGUGCUGAAUCAUGCUUUCCAUGUUUUGUUGCUCUGGAUUUUAUCUCUCUAGAUUAACGUUGUGUUUCCCUAUGCACAAUAUUCAUAUUCACACUCUUGGGCAGCAGACCAAAGUAUCAAAGUACAAGGAAGAAAGCUGUCUAAUCUAACAGAGAAUCUGUAAUGAAAGUAUGGUUGGGGGGAGGCUGGAAAUGCUUUGAGACUUGCAUCACAUCUUCUGAAGUUUCCUUGGCCUUUUUCCUUUCUUUUUUUAACUACAUUCACAAGACUACUGCUGCAAUGUACGUGUCCAGACAUCUCUAAAGGAGUGACAGAGAAGUAAGGAUUUAUGCAAGGAGAAAAGGCACAAUUUGGGCAAAAGAGCCCAGCAGCCAGGCUUGUUGCUUGCUUAUUUGGCAGACAAACUGAGCACAGAAUGGCCUGUACUGGAUCAGGCUUUAGAGCAGACUUUAACACAGUAGUUUAGUUCAUUGCAGUGUCUCAUCAGCAGAUGCUCCACUUACCGUAGGUUUUUCCUGCUCAGAAGCAUGGAGUUAGUUUCUCAGUAUCUGAUAUAGAAUUUCUCACUGUAACUUGAGUCAAUUUAUUUCUUUCUCAUAAUGAUGUAUGAGCUUAAGAAAUAUUUUUAAGCAGUUGCUGAUGAAUCUGAAAUUACCCUGAAAUUACUCAGCCUGAACUGAGUGGCACUGUCUAUGCAGUACUAUGUUUAGAUUAAUUUCUAAGGUAAACAAACAAAAAAUAUACCCAAUUCCACUCUGCAUUAAAAUAAGCUAAACAGUGGAUCUCUUAAGGAGCUUACACAAGCAAGCUGAUUUACUUCUAAUUAUGGGCAAAGAAGAAUAUCCUCAAUCGUCACCAAUUCUGAGCUGAAUUACCAGAUUAAAAAAAAAAAAAAAAAAAA